CCUUGGAGGCAGGGAGAGGGAGGGCUAGCCAGAAGGGACAGGGCGGGGAAAAUCUAGGCCUGAACUGGGGGCGUAGAGGACUUUGGGAAACCGGAAGUUAGGAUGGUGCGCAGUUCUCUUCUCCAGCUCUUAUGAAGCUUUUCUAUCCUCAGUUGCUUAGCAGGCCAGGGAACUUCGUCCGCUCCAUCCCAGAAGCCUCGAAUCAAGGCCGGGAAAAGAUGGAGAAUGAAGACUCACCGGGGCUACUUUGCUGCCUCUCUAGGGAGCCUGGAUUUCCUGGGAUGGCCGUGGAGAGGGAUAGACGCACAGCCCGGGAGGUGGUGACGUUCCAGGAUGUGGCUGUGGUCUUCACAAGGGAGGAGUGGCGCCUCCUGUCCCCUCCCCAGAAGGAGCUGUACAAGGAGGUGAUGCUGGAGAAUGCCCGGAACCUGCUCUCUGUGGGAGAGAUGAGAUCUGAAAUGACAAAUCCAACAGAGGUGAGCCUUCCUGUGGAAGAAUUGAACCUUCAAAGAUUCAUGAGUUAUGGUCCCAAUAAUAUUGCUUUCAGAGAAUUCUGUGUUUCACCUAAAAACUUGUCUCAUAUUGAACAUCAAAGAAUGCACACUGAGGAAAAGUCUACUGGAAAUAAUGAGUGUGGAAAGACUUUUAUGCAUAGGGACAGUCUUGCUAGAUAUAAAAGAAUCUACACUGGGGAGAAAUAUUAUGAAUGCCAGCAGUGUGGAAAGAUAUUCAGUUGCAGCUCCACUCGUGCUGGACAUCAGAGAACCCACACUGGGGAGAAACCUUAUGAAUGCAAGCAUUGCGGAAAAGCAUUCAGUCGGAACUCCCAUCUUACUGUACAUCAGAGAAUCCACACUGGGGAGAAACCUUAUGAGUGCAAGCAGUGUGGAAAGGCAUUCAGUUGCAGCUCCACUCGUGCUGUACAUCAGAGAAUCCACACUGGGGAGAAACCUUAUGCGUGCAAGCAGUGUGGAAAGGCAUUCAGUUGUAGCUCCACUCUUGCUGAACAUCAGAGAAUUCACACUGGGGAGAAACCUUAUGAAUGCAAGCAGUGUGGAAAGCUAUUCAGUUGGAACUAUCUUGCUCUACACCGGAGAAUUCACAAUGGUGAGAAACCUUAUGAAUGCAAGGAAUGUGGAAAAGCAUUCAGUCGGAGCUCCACUCUUGUUGUACAUCAGAGAAUACACACUGGGGAGAAACCUUAUGAAUGCAAGCAGUGUGGAAAGCUAUUCAGUUGGAACUAUCUUGCUCUACACCAGAGAAUUCACAAUGGUGAGAAACCUUAUGAAUGCAAGGAAUGUGGAAAAGCAUUCAGUCGGAGCUCCACUCUUGCUGUACAUCAGAGAAUACACACUAAGGAGAAACCUUAUGAAUGCAAGGAGUGUGGAAAGGCAUUCAGGUGCAGCUCCACUCUUGCUGUACAUCAGAGAAUACACACUGGAGAGAAACCUUUUGAAUGUAAACAGUGUGGAAAGACAUUCAGUCGGAGCUCCAAUCUUACUGUACAUCAGAGAAUCCACACUGGAGAGAACUCUUAUGAAUGCAAGACAUGUGGAAAGACAUUCAGACGCAGCUCCAAUCUUACUGUACAUCAGAGAAUCCACACUGGAGAGAACUCUUAUGAAUGCAAGACAUGUGGAAAGACAUUCAGUCGCAGCUCCAAUCUUACUGUACAUCAGAGAAUCCACACUGGAGAGAACUCUUAUGAUUGCAAGACAUGUGGAAAGACAUUCAGUCGCAGCUCCAAUCUUACUGUACAUCAGAGAAUACACACUGAAGACAACACUUGUGAAUGCAAACAAUGUGGAAAGACAUUUAGUCAGAGCUCCAGUCUUGUUGAACAUGAGAGAAUCCACACUGGAAAGAAACCCUAUGAAUGCAAACAGUGUGGAAAGGCAUUCAGUCGCAGCUCCAAUCUUGCUGUGCAUCAGAGAAUCCACACUGGGGAGAAACCUUAUUCAUGCAAGCAGUGUGGGAAGGCAUUCAGUCGCAGCUCCCAUCUUGCUGAACAUCAGAGAAUCCACACUGGGGAGAAACCUUAUUCAUGCAAGCAGUGUGGAAAGGCCUUUAGUCGCAGCUCUAAUCUUGCUGUGCAUCAGAGAAACCACACUGGUGAAACAUCUCAUGAAUAAUCAGUAUUGAAAUAAAAUUGUUCAGAGCUCUUUUCUUUCUGUUCAUCAGAGAAUCCACACUUGUUGAGGAACCUUAAGAAUGCAAGCAGUUUGGAAAGGCAUUCAGAGUGAGCUCCACUCUUGCUGUACAUCACAGAAUCCAUACUGGAGAGAAAUCUCAUGUAUGCAAGCUAAUGGAAAGAUGUUCACACAUAGCUCUGAUCUUGCUAUUUGGAGGAAAUUUACCACCUCCCCCCUUCCUGGAAUAGCCUACAUGGUGUGAUCUUGACCUUGGCUCAGAGGUGAGGAUUGUGCUAUAGAAACAGUGAGUGAUCAUAGAAUAGCAACUGGGGAAAUGCAGCAAUAGAUACAAGAAAUCACAAGAUGGGGGUAGGGUGGUGUCUCCUGUACUGCCCUUGUGCUGCCCCCUGAGUGACCCAGGCAAAGUUUUAAAUCACAGUUUACCUUUGUGAUGUUACUUGUGAGCGUUAGUGGGCAGAGGACAAGUUUGAUAAAUUGAGAUAAAAGGAGAUUUCCAGGCUCUUCUCUUCCAGUUUUGUUAAUGCUGGAGUUUGUCAGCAUGGCUAGGGUGUGUGAAGAUUAAAUUUAACUGUCCCCUGAUUAUAACAAUGAAAAUACUUUAUUAUGAAGAUCAAGUUGCAAUCCUUCUCUAUUUUUAGAUUUAAUCUCCAUAGGUAUAAACAUAGUACUUAGAAGUUAAGUAUGAAGCUCUGCGUCUUUAGAUUUAAUCACCAAAAGUGCAAGGUCUGUGAUCCAUGUGCGUGAUAGUGGAUGAUGAAUCAGAAUCGACUGACUGCCUUCUGGACAGUCCUAGAGCAGAGUGUCAACUGUGACUGGUAGACAUAGAAUUGGGGGAAGACACAGGAAUUGAUGCAAGGGAAAAUGUCUUUAAAAGGAGCUUGUCCUUCCAGUGAGAAUUCAAUUCUUCAUGCUUUCGAAUUGAGGCUGGUGAAGAGGGUCACAAGGAUCUGCUGACUACUGACACAUGGUGAGUGAAAAAGCUGACUCUUAAUUGCUGGCUUUUCUCUGAAGAGACUAACCUCAGGAAAGACCUAUCCUCUUGAGAGACACUUCCCAGGUCCUCAGCUUUGCCAAGCCCGGGUAAAACUAAUUUUCCCUACCCAGAAGGGCUGGCAGUAAAUUACUUAGUGUCUAGGCUAGAUAUCUUAUCCUAUUCUCUGAUUUUCUUCUUCAUUCUUUCUAUAUUUUGUAAAUAAAUCUCUUUGGAAUUAAUUAGAUUCCUAGCAACCACUCUUAAACAUUCAAGUCCAACCCUUUAAAAAUUAACCCAUUUCCCCCUUACAUCUUUGGCAGAUCACAUCUGUUGUGACAAAAUAUCCUCAAUCUUAGCUCUUCUAACUUUUCCUUUAGUUUUGUGACUGUCCCUAAGUCAGCUUUUGAUAGGUUAUUUUGAAUCUACACAAAUCAGUUGCAGGAGGUAAGUUCAAAUAUUUUCUUUUCUUUUUUCCCUUAAAAACAAAUAUAGUAAAGCCGUGUUUAAUCUUAGCGGCUGGACUUUGAGUCCUCAACUGGGAAAACUGUUCCAAACUAACCCUCCCCCUCUCACAAACAACCCAAUGAGCAAAUCCUCAAGUUCUCACCUUGAGAAAGAUUCUAUUUUUAUUUACAUUGCCUUGUCUUCUAAUGGUGGCCAAAGAAUAUCGAGCUAAAUGGAGCUCAUAACUUUUCCUCUUCUGCUACACAUUACAGAAACCACAAACAUUCACACUGAACUUUGAUGUUGCUCAAAAUCCAACAAUUCAUCCCAUUAUAUCCUAAACUCUUCCAAGAUUAGGUCCAUAUGUGACAUAUGAGUUAGACCUGAAUUGUGAUCCCAUAAGAAAAUUAAGGUGGCAUAGAAUAGUUUAAUUUUCAUAUCUGCUUUUUGAUAAGGAAUUUAUGAACAAGAAAUUGAUAAUAUUAUGAAGUAUAACGUAGUUAUGUUUUUUGUUAAAUUCAAAACUAUACAAAUAAAACUAACGCAACCAAGAGUAAAAGUGUUAACAAAAUUAUUAGCCACACAACAAUAUGUCCAAUACUUCAGUUUUAAAAAACUAACCCUAUUCUCAAAUGCUUUAAUUCAUCAUUUCAUGGCAUUUAGAUCUAAAGAGGAAUUAUAUUAGGAAUAAAAUAAUGUCUUUGCUCUAUAAAAAUCAUUCAUAAUUAGCAUCUCUUCCUAUGUAAAUUUCCCCCCAAAAUUUAUAUACAAGGAAAAAUUAAAAUAUAACAAAUGAUACGGAUUUCAAAUAUGAAGUAAAAUUAUUGGCAUUGCAAAGACUCGUAUUUAGUUGAAUGCAUUAUUAAAACAAUUAUCUUACAUAGAACAAUCAGUUUGAAAUUCUGGACUGAUUGCACCUAGAAGCCAGUGUAAUAUAACUGAUUUGAUUACACUUAUUUCUACAAUUUCUAAACCAAUCACUUAUAUCAAAUCUUAAGCCUGUUUUGCAUUAAGGUCUGUGGUACAUACGUGAGGGAAAUUUAUCACACCACUACUGAACUGCAUUCUAAAUAGUUCUGUUGGGAGGAGGCCAGACUCCCAAUAAAGCUGGACCCUGGUCAGAUCAAGAGCAGAGACCCUGAGCUAUAGGAGAUAGCCUUUUUUAUGCCAAGGAACCUAAGAAUUCAGUGACAGAAAAUAGUUAUGAUUAAAAAAGAGUGGAUGCAAAAUCGUUCACAUUGGCAUCUUUAAGACCAAGUGCUGAUUAACCUGAUAAUUGUAAAAAAGAUCCUAUUGGUGGUAACUUGGCAGUAGUCAGGGUCUUGGUGUUUUCAUUGAUUGUUGUGGUGGAAUAAUAGGAGUCUGCAGUUUUCAUUAACUGAUAUGUGGAAACAAGAGUAGCCCAUCACCUCCUGUGUAACUUUUCUUCUACAAACAUGAUCUUUCCUUUAGUCUGACCAUCAUACUGAAGAAGUAAUUUAUGGUUGUAUAAUAACAAGUGGAAUUGUCUGGAGGCUAAUCAGGUAGCAUCAGGGCUGAUGGACACGUCCAGGGGCUAGUAGAGUAACCUCUUUGCAGCUGGUUGUAUUGAGUAGCAGCUCUGUUGUACGAUGGCAGCUUCAUGUAUGGAGUAGCAGCCUCAACUGUAGAAUAGUAGCUUCCCAACUCUGAAUUAGAGUUGGCAUAUUUAUCACGGCCAGGGAGCUUAUCAUCCCCCAUUCUAGAAAAAUUGUCACCUUUCCUGAAAAACCUGAAAGGGGUAAGACCAAAUUCAGGUGCAGGUAUGUUUUAGGAAGUGAUUUCAGAGGGAAUAAGGAGCAUGUGUAAAUUUGGGGUAUUCCUCUGGAAUACCAGUGCCCCAGUGUGCAGGCCCCUUGUUUUGAAUUAUCAUCAUUGGUCAAUGUGGGAGAGAUCUCCCUGUCCUUCAGGAAUGCAAAAUUGGGAUAGGAGAUGUGGCACCCUGGGGGACUACUAUAGGUAAUUAGUGAUGUUACAGUUCUAUGAAAAAUAUGAGUACUUAGAAAAUCUAAUGAGGCAGAAAGCUGAUGCCCAGUACAGAAUAUUACAUAUCCCAUAAACUGAGUUGGUGAAAACUAUCUGCAAUUUGUGUUUGAUGCUUAAACUACAGGUUUUGUAGUUGAUGCUUAACCAGUUUUAAUUAGUAAGAAAUGCCAGAUUUCAGAGUCUGAGGGUCCCUUUUCUCUCUACACUUCAAUGCCUGCUAUCAGCCCACAUCAGAGUGAAGGAUAAAGUCUGGAAAGAGGUUUGGGGAAUUCCCUAUGAUGAAGGGCAGGGCUUGGUAAGUAGAGGCAGGCAGAAUCUAGAGGUCCUGACCCAGGAUACCAUUGGAGGAAAGACCCCAUCCUGGGACUUCAGAGGCUGGACAGAGUGGGGCUCUUAGGCCUGGAAGACCCACCGAGAAUGGGCUGGAUGUAAGUGAGAUACUGAGGAGCUGAGAUCACUCUGCCUUUUGGAAACCAACUCUUCAAGUGCAGGUCCCAGGUAAGUCUGGACCAGGAAUCCAAAGGGCACCAGACUUCUGCUGGCUCCCCUUUCUUUUGAGCUUCAUUCUCUACUUCUUACCUCAUGGUGAGCAUCUUCUGAGGCAAUCUGAAACAUGGCUCUUUCUUAGAACUAGCUAUUGGCUCUCUACACUCACAUUCACAUCCCAAAAGCCACAGGGCACCAUCCCCAGUUUUACUAUUGAGUCGCACUUUCCCUUCACACAUCACCUAUACCAGCUCAGGUGCCCUAUAUCCCUACCUCACCAUUUCAGAAAUGGGGAAGGGCCUGCCUCAUUCUUUGGGUACUUAGUAAGAAAGAUCAGGAUCGGUAUUCAGAAGGUGGCAGCAACCAUUUUAAUAAUACCCAGAGACAAGUAGUGAAAAGUGGAAAGGAUAAAACUUCUUUGCUUCUUUUGUAUAACAUUGGGAUUUGUUGUUCUUUAAAGGUUUGAUGAAUUCACUUGUGAAUCCAUCUGGUCCUGGGGAUUUUUUCUUAGGAAGUUUUACCAAAUUCCUUUUAUGACACAAAUAUAGUACAGAUUCCAAAGUCAGGCAGACCAAAGCCAAGAUAUAAAACUACAGACCCAUCUUAUUAUAGGUGCAAAAAUCUUAAAUAGAAUACUAGCAAAGAUACCAGCAAGUGAUCAUAAGGAUUAUUCACUAUGAUCAGGUGGGAUUUUUACCAAGAAUGCAAAUACUGUUUAAUAUUAGUAAAAUGUAUUAUCAGAAAUCUUGAAACCCCCAGAAGUCCUAUAGUAUUUCCCAGUAUUAUUUUUAAUUUCUCCACCAUGUUAUGUUGCCAAAUUUUAUAUAUAGCUAUCUGUAACUCUUCUCUCUUGCAUCUAGGGCGGGGUGAGCUGCCUGUUUACCCUAGCUUUUUUAUUUUUCUUUGCUUCAAGUUAGCAUUAAUUAACUUUAGAAAUAUAAUACUUGGAGUACUGGAUAUUAAAUUUAAUUCUCACAAUUUGGUGUACAACUUUGGGAUAGAAUUCUCAAAUAUUUUGUAAGAUAGUGUAGAUAAAUUUUGCAAGCUGUGUUUUCUCCCCCUGCCACCCUUGCUGCUGCUCCUGCCACCUCAAGCUACUGCCACUGCCACUGCAGCCUCCCAGGUUUGACCAGACACUGCUUAGAGGUUCCUUGCCAUUUCUGCUGUCCGUGAGCUACUACAGUCCACGCUCAAGUGCCUGAGGGUUUGAGAGUCAUUUAAAAGCACCUAUAUUUUUUUCUGCUGAGGGUGAAGUAUAAACUACCACCCACAACAUGGGUUUUCAAGUGUUAUAGUCAUAUUUUAUCAGGGGAACUCACUCACCCAUGCUCCAGUUUGCCUAACCCAGAUAGGCUUCCAUGCUCUGCCUGUGUGAGAGGGCAUUGAGCAUGGGCCCUAGUGUUUUAUCCCAAGGGGAGAAGGGGAAGAAAGGUUACUCUUCCAAACAGAAAAUAAGAUUGUAUGCAUGGCUCAGUUUCCUACCCAUCUCAAAUAGCUUCCAAUUCCAGAGAGCCAUAUCAAGCUCAUGCAGCUUAUAGCUUUAGGCUAUGUUGUCUCACUUCUGAUCCUGGUGGGGUUUUUGCUGAUUGGAUACCUUGCAGUUGAGAGCUUGACUAAUCUUAAGAUUCAGAUGGGAGGUGUGUCUUACUCCCCCUUGCUAUUUUGGCCUGUUUAGCCUCUGUAAUACAUCCUUUAUAGAAUUUGUUCACAUUCUGCCCAGUGCAUGUAUGAGGAACUCCAGAGGGGUGAUAAAAGGAAUGUAAAUGCAUGAUAAAUACUGGGGAGGAGAAGGAAACUUAAUGAGAUCUGGAUGUGAAUUUUAAACCUUUUCAGACUCCAUUGUUUUAUUGCUUGCUAACUAUUUUCAGUUUGUUUCCCUCCAUAAUAGUGAAGAAAUCUAUUGAAAUUGGAGAGAUUUUUGAACUCACUGCCUGUACCCUGUUAUUGCUUAUUGUAUUUUCCUAAUUGUUUUAAGAUUUAAUUUUAUUUUUAAGCUUAUAUAUUAAUCUAAUAAAUGCUUCUGUUAUAUAUACUGUUUUUAUUUGUACCCUUCCCCUAAUACUUUACUGAACAAAAUAUUGUACUGUCCCAUAGUCAACGUAUGCAAACCCUUGUCACUAGAUCCAUCAAUGUUACAUGUUGCUUAAAUGGCCUUUUGUUCCUAUUUGCCUUUCUUAAUUAUCACAUAGAUGAUGGAUGGAUUCUUAUAAAAAACUGAUUAAAAUUGUAUACAACCUUUGGAGAA